UACCACCUCAUGCCAACACCUGUAUCCAAUUCUUGCUGAUUGUCUGAAGGAGUCCCAGGAGAUACUAUAUUCUACUUACCGCUUCCAAGAGCCAUGCCAUUGACACGUUCCUCCGAUCCCCUGGUGUGGAUUGAUUGCGAGAUGACCGGCCUUGACCCGGAUACCGACCAGAUCCUCCAAAUCUGCUGCUACAUCACCGAUGCCAACCUCAACCUCCUCGAACCCCAGGGCUUCGAAACCGUCAUCCACCACCCGACCUCAGUCCUAGAAAACAUGAACGCAUGGUGCAUCGAGACCCACGGUCGCACAGGGCUGACGGCGGCCGUGCAGGCCUCGACCACCACCGCGGAGGAGGCUGCGACGGCUCUUUUGGCCUAUAUCCAGAAAUACGUGCCACAGCCCCGGCGAGGACUGCUGGCAGGGAACAGUGUCCACGCCGACAAGGCGUUUCUGGCCAAGGGACCAUACCAGGCGGUGCUAGAAUGGCUACACUAUCGGAUCGUGGACGUGAGUGCACUCAAAGAAAUGGUACGACGGUGGGGCUCAGAUGAGCUACUAGAGUCCGUGCCAGGGAAGAAGGAGGUUCAUCUGGCACGGGACGACAUUCUGGAAAGCAUCGAGGAGAUGCGAUUCUACCGGGGGCAACUGUUCGGAUUGUAGCCGAAUAUGUCUG